AUGUUCCAGGUUACAUCUUUUCAAGGAGUGGCUCUUCGCACCCUCUGCACAUCCUCCCCUCAUGACCACCCAGAACAUGGAAGAUUAGUUUAUAAAGGAAAUUUGGCAAGGGCAGUGUUAGGUGUGAGGUUUUUCUCUUACUCCACAAGCGUAUUCAACCUGUUCAUGAUGCCCUACCUCAUGCUCAAAACUGGUAUUGGAUUUGAAAACGUGUUUAUACAAGCUGCCUUUUAUGGGUUGAUAGGGUUUUUUACGUUCGUAACACCGGUUACUUUGCAUGUCCUUACAAAAGGCUAUGUGAUUCGACUCUAUUAUAAAGAUGAAAUGGACACGUACACAGCCAUUACAUACAAUGCAGUCUUGGCAGAAAAAGCGACUGUUUUCCAUCAGAAAGAUGUAAAGAUUCCAGACAUUACCAAGAUGUUUACAACUUUUUAUGCUAAAACAAAAUCAAUGCUUGUUAAUCCGACGCUUUUCCCCAAUCCUCAGGAUUAUAACCAUCUCAUGGGCUACGACAAAUCCUUUUAUUUUAACUUAGAGGAGGAAAAGGAAGUUGGUGAAAGGAAAUAAUUUGAAGAUAAUGAAUGUCACUAUCAUUGUUCAUGGUGCGUUAUUAUGUAUGUGAAAGAAUGUAAAAUUCUAU